AUGUAUUUCAAUAUAGCACUUGCUUUGGCCUUUGUUGUUAGCGUGUCCGCCUUCAUCAUCGGCACAGAGCGUGCCCCAUUAAUCGGUCCCUCCUUCGCAACCAACUUUGACCAUUUUACCUCGAAAUCCCUCGAAGAUGCCAAAACCGAGUUUUCCAGUCGUCUUGAGCAGCUUUUCUCCACUGGGAAGCUGAAUCAAACUGACCUUGUGUUUGCUGUGGAUGUUUUCUCUGCCAACACCAAUAGUUCUAUUUAUAGCAAGUUUCAUGUUGGAGAAGGGCAAGAGAAGAUAUUGACAGCAGGCGAGCUUAACUCUGAUACAAUUGGCCGAUUAGGCAGCGUCUCGAAGCUCGUGACAGCCUAUGGGCUUAUUGCUGAGGCUGGAAUUGAAGUCUUCAGCCACCCUGUCACAAGAUACUUCCCGGAACUUCGCAGUAACUCUACUGUUCCAAACCGAAUCAAGUGGGAGGAAAUCACAGUCGGCGCCCUUGCCUCUCAUCAAGCCGGUACUGGUGGCGUAGGGGACUAUUUCCGCAAAGUCCAAAGCGGUACCGAAAUGACCGUUGAUUCCUAUGUUGCCUUCGUUCGAGAUGAGAAGCGCCCGACCAUGGCAGCCUACCGGAAUGCCCUCUAUUCAGACGCAGGAUACUCUCUAAUUGGCCAUGUAUUAGGACGAAUUACCGGGCAGAGUUAUCAAGAAGCUAUACAAAAGGUUCUCUUUGAUCGCCUCGGACUGAAUAGUUCCACAGCAUUUCCACCAGCUGCUGGUCCUAACGUAAAUGCCAUGAAUCGCACCCUCGUCGCCAAUACAUCAAGCUUCAAUAUCGACAGCCCAAUCACUGCAUCGUCCGGAGGAGUAUUUGGCUCCAUUUCUGAUCUUCGGAAAAUCGGUCUCUCGAUCUUAAACUCCGAAGUCCUCUCUUCUGCCACUACGCGAGCCUGGAUGAAGCCCCUGAGUGCUACGGGCAGUCUGGUUGACCUUGUUGGCGCCCCCUGGGAGAUCAAUCGCCUUACUAUCCCAGCUACGCCUGGCUCGAAUUAUACUCGGGUGUCCGAUCUCUACACCAAGGCUGGCGGCAAUGGCGACUAUACCUGUAUCCUCGCCCUCUCGCCUGAUCAUGGGAUUGGCUACACCUUUCUUAUCGCCGGCAGCACGGCUAGCACUGCGCGCUGGCCUCUGCGUCAGACUCUUGGUGAGGUUUUCAUCCCAGCUGCGGAGCGAGCGGCGGCCGAGAACGCAGAGAAGAACUAUGCUGGAACAUUUGUCGAUACGAGUUCUGGAAACUCAACCACAAACUUGACCAUCACCUUUGACAAGAAUGAGCCCGGCUUGGGUCUUAAGAGCUUCUACUUUCAAGGAGCUGAAUCCCGCUAUCUCCUUGUAGGCGCCACCAAGCCUAUUGCUGGCUCAUACCGCGUGUACCCCACCGGACCGAGCGAGACUUCUCAGUCGCUGGCGGAGUUGUAUAGGAGCGAGGGGACCAUCCGCGUGUCGCAGCGUAUCGUCUACUACGCCUCUCCACUGGAACCCCGUGCGGCAGCAUUGGGUGGCGAGGGACUAUUUGAGAACCAGUUUGAAUGGUAUAACAUUGGCUUCCAGGGAGCCACGGAUGAGCUUGUUUUCGAAAUAACCGAUGGAAAGCUCGUCAGCGUCACUGUUGUGGGCGCAGAACUGCUCACCGGUAAGCCAUUGGUUUUACACCGGCUGCAGUGA